AUGACUCAAGUUGAGGAGAAACCUUUGGUUUGCAAUGCAAUGUCAACCAUAGAUGAGAGUUAUUUAGAUAAUUUCUCGUCACUGAGAAAAGCUGUAACUGCGGCAGCAUGGUUGAGAAGAUUUUACCAGAGUUUUUCAGCAAGAUAUAUUGUGGAUAGGUCAAGCUGGAUUACGUCUGAAGAACGUAAAAUUGCAUUGCUGGGUUUGGUAAUUAAUAAUCAACGAUUAUACUUUCAUGAGGUGAUUAAACAAUUAUCAAAGGGUGAAGCACUUUCAAGGUCAAGUCCUUUGAUAAAAUUAACACCAUUCCUUGACAAGGAUGGUGCAUUGAGAGUCGGUGGAAGACUGAGUAGAUCCCUCAUGACAAGUGACCAAAAAAAUCCGUUGAUAUUACCGAGAGAGUCAAAACUAACUGAACUGAUAUUCAACGAGUGCCAUGUAAAUACAUUACAUGGUGGUGCACAAUUGAUGAUGGCCACAUUGAGACAACAAUACUGGAUUGUUGGUGGUCGAGUACCAGUCAGGAGUUUUAUAAAUAAAUGUGUUGUUUGUGUAAGACAUCGAGCUGAAGCUGCACAACAGUUAAUGGGUCAACUACCAGCAUCUAGAGUCUUAAAAUGCAAGCCAUUUCUCCAUACAGGAGUUGACUAUGCUGGCCCAUUUGAACUGAAGACAUGGUCAGGCAAAUGUAAUAGGUCUUACAAGAGCUAUUUAGUUGUAUUUGUCUGCAUGGCAUCAUCGGCAGUUCAUCUUGAUUUAGCUACUGACUACACAACUGAAGGAUUCCUAGCAGCAUUUAAGAGAUUUGUAAGUCGUCGUGGACGAUGUGAGAAGUUAUUUAGCGAUUGUGGUACAAAUUUCGUAGGUGCAGAUGCUGAACUAAAACGUCUUUUUAAGUCAGCAUCAAAGGAAGCUAAAAAUCUUGCCACUCUUUUGGCAAAAGAUGGUACAGAUUGGAGCUUUAUACCUCCUGGGUCACCACAUUUUGGUGGCAAAUGGGAAUCAGUUGUUAAGUCAGCUAAACAUCACAUUAAGAGAGUCAUUGGUGAUCACAAGCUCACGUAUGAACAAUUUAGUAGGUUCUUAACACAAGUUGAGUGUUCACUCAACUCGAGACCCUUGUGCCCAAUGACUGAUGAUCCUGAGGAUCUUCAAGCAUUAACGCCAGGUCAUUUCUUGGUUGGUGAACCACUGAAUGCAGUGCCUGAGCCAUCUGUUUUGGAUGUACCUGACAAUCGUCUCAACAAGUGGCGAUUGUUAAGGAAGUUCAUGGAGUCUUUUUGGGACAGAUGGUCCAAGGAGUAUUUACAGAAAUAUUUGGUCAGGUCCAAAUGGUUGCAUACAUCACCAUGCAUUCAAGUGAGUACAAUGGCAUUGGUCAUUGAUGAGAGAUUACCACCAGGUAAAUGGGCCUUGGCACGAGUCACUCAGGUGUUUCCUGGAGCUAAUGGAUUGGUCAGAGCAGUCACUGUUAAGACACAAACUGCUGAGUACCAAAGGCCAGUGGCGAAAUUAUGUGUGUUACCUAUUGAGGUCACACAUACAUGA